CGUGUUUACAUCCUCACGUCCAACGUCAAACCUCCUCUCCUCUCCUCGAGUCGACCAGCGGGUGGUUUGUAGGUCAACGACAUCGGCAGGGGCUCCUUCAAGAUUCACGACAGACAGGGAGCUUAGAAGAGUUUUCAGACACUUGGGUCUUUAAGGCCGACCCUGACUCGGUCAAAGCAUAGGCAGUCAUCGGCGUUUAAAGACAGGCAGGGGCUUCAGAAGAGUAGAGUUUUCAUUCAGGCACUUGGUCUUUGACACCAACCUGACUUGGUCAAACCAUCGGCAGAUAUCGGCAGCUUCAAGACAGGAUAGGGACUUCAGAAGAGUAGAGUUUUCAUUCAGGCACUUGGUCUUUAACGCCACCGGCCUGACUUGGUCAAAGCCUGAGCUUGGUUGCGUGGUGUUUGGUCAAACGGACUCCAGGCUCUUGGUGCCCUUUUGUUGCCCUUCUUGGUCCUUGGGGUGUGACUGUGCAACAAAAACUUUUGCUGAGGUUUUUUUUUUUGUUUAUUUAGAUUUUUUUUUGUCCUCGUUUUGUCCUUGUUUGUACUGGGGAAAUAACAGCUGUGAACAGUAUCUAAGAAGCAACAGUAGCAGCAGAGGCACAUACCACACAUACAACAACAACAACAACACCAGCGGCAGAGGCAGCAGCAGCAGCGGCAGUAGUAUCGUCUACCACACAUACAGCAACAACAACAACAACAACACCAACACCAGUGGCAGCGACAGCAGCAGCAGGAGAGACAUCAGAACCAGCAGCAGCAGAACCAGCAUCAGAACCAGCAUCAGAACCAGCAGCAGAAGCAGCAGCAUGUACAGCACGGGCUACCCCCGCAGCACCGCCCCCUUCACCAUGCAGACCAAGUCCAAGUACAAGUCCAAGUCCAAGAGCUGCGGCUACUACCUGCGCAUCGUCUUCUUCUUCUCCUCGCUCAUCCAGACCCUCAUCAUCGUCAGCCUCAUCCUCUUCCUCAUCUACGGCCAGCCUGAGAAGUCGGCCGAGGAGAAGCACGUGGACGAGCUGAGCGACAACUUCAAGCGCGUCUCCCUGGACAACCUGGCGCUGCGCAAGGACAAGGCGGACCUGGGCGCCACCAUCGGCAAGAUGACGGGCGAGAAGACGGCGCUGGAGAAGGACAUCACCAAGCUCAAGACCGACCUGGAGACGUCCAACAACAACACGGAGGUGGAGAAGCUCAAGCUGGGACGGUGUAUCAUUGAGAAAAGGACAGUUCAGAUGACCCGGACCCCCACGAUUCAGUGCCCCCCACCCCCUAAGGACCCCAAUGGGGAAGUGACCUUCUACAAGAGCAUGAUGGACCUGUACAAGAGGAACUACACGCUGAUUGUGAACGACCUUCAGAAGGAGCUGGAGGUCGCGGUGCGCGCGCGGGACGAGCACCAAGCCGCCGCGGCCGCCGCCAAGACGCAGAAGGAGGAACUGGCGGAGAAGCUGAAGCGCUACACGCAGACGUGCAAGGAGGACUUCUCCAAGCCCCUGGAGGGCAUCCGUGAGGUCACGGGCGCUUUCCUGGCCAAGAUCGACUCCGUCUUCCCCCACUCCAUGACCUUCCACAUCACCUGCGACAAGCAGCGCGCCCUGCUGGACGGCAUCCGCAACAACUGCACCAGCCUGUCGCGCGAGAUGGAGCACAAGUACCAGGAUUACUUGAACGGCGUGGGCAACACGGUGGCGAAGCUGCAGGGCGUCCGCAGCGACCUGGAGGUGCAGAACACGCGCCUCACCAGCCAGCUCAACACCUGCACAGGCGAGGCGUCUGACCUGAGGAGGCAGAUGCAGGAGCAGAGGGUGGCGUCGGAGCAGAAGCGCGAGAAGGACACCAACGAGAAGGCCAAGCAGAUACAGGACCUCACGCUGCAGCUCGAAAUGCAGAAGCUACACGUCAGCAUGUGCGAAGCCAAGCAGCGUACGCCAGCGCUCCCAAAGCCGAUGCCCCCCAAGCCACCCAGCCUCCCAAUAGCCAUGCCUGUGGGUGUACCAGGACAGACAGGGUAAGAAAAAGGAUCUGCUUGGUCUGUGUAACCCGAUGGCAGUGGGCUGUGUCAACUUAACCACAGCUAAAGAUUAGCUGGCAAGAAAAAACAAACUUUCAAGACACUGAUCACUCGAUAAACCCUCUACAUCAGUAGGCUAUGUGCAACAUAGAAAAAAACUCUUACGACACUGACCACAGGAUGAACACUCUGUAAUAUAUGAAUAGGCUAUGUGCAACAAACACAGUAAAUUGUACGGCAUUAUCUCAACACUUUGAGAGAUGGACGAUCACUAUUGUAUAUUACACUACUGUAGGCCUAUAUUAUUACUGUGUUACACACUAUGACUGUUAAAUUCAACUCUCCAAGUGUUGAGGUAACACUGCCAAAAUUCACUGUGCAUGUACUUGCACAGGGGUGGAGAAACUGGAUUGAGAUUAAGCCGAAUGCCUGCCUUGUGCAACCCAUGCCCUAUACAUACUGGAGGACUUUUACAUUGUAAAGCUGAGGUGCCCACUCCUGCGAAGGUGUAAUGUGAAAUGCAUUUAACCCUGUAAUGUACUGUAUGUGAUGUUGGCUAUGAUUAUGUCCUCUUUUGAAAGUUUCUUUGGUUAUAAAGCGUCUGCCAAAUGCAAUGUAAUGUAAUGUAAUGUGUAAUACACUUACUUCUCUGAAGUUUUUCUUCAUGUGGCACUUCAUUUUAAAAUAAUUUAUUUGCUUUUUGUAGCAAGGUAGAAAGCUAACGCCUUAUGUUGUAAAGUGGAAUGCUGAAAAAAGAUGUAUUAAAAUUUCAUUCCAUAAUGCUCACAUGUGAUGCCAUUAAUGCAGAUUGUAAAAUAACAUAAAAAAAGUAAAAAAAAAUAAAAAAAAAUGCAUUUUCUUACACAAACUUUGUACAGUGACUAAUUGGUUAGUCAGUUAAUGCUGACUUACAUAUACUAGGAUUUUACAUGUUCAUAUAUCCAAAACAAAAUCUAUCUAUUGAAGGUGUACAUAUUUUUUAUUGUUUCUUUGUUU